CACAUUUAAAAUGUGUUUUAAAUUAUUCACAUUUGCAAUUUAUGACAAAAAAAAUAUCUAUCUACACAAAGCAUGUGUAUAUCUCCAGACGUUGCGGUGAUGAGACAGCAGGUGGCGGUAAAAUCUCUUCCUGAGCAAACCAACACAACAAAGCAGAGGACUGGGAAGUGUUGUUAACUCAGUGUGUUAGCAGUGCUGUUUUGUUGACUUUGCUUAUCGUUUACUGAAAGCUGCGUCGUAUUAUUUAACAAAAAGGGCGAGCAUCUUCCCCUUACGUGCCAAAAAAAGAUAUUUCGAAAUCAAGCAACGCAACUUCAUAACUUGUUAGCUUAGCAUUAUUUUUUGCUAGCUACUAUUGGCUACAUCACUCUAGUUUGCUAAUAAUCAGGUUAAUCAAACAAAGUAUGGCUGAAAACGCAAAUAGUGGCUCUGGUCUUCCUCCAGGAGAUCCCCAGCUCAUCACACUAAUCGUGGAACAUCUAAAGAACCGAGGUCUUUUCGACGAGUUCAGGAGGGACUGUCUAGCAGACGUGGACACCAAGCCAGCUUAUCAGAAUUUGCGGCAGAAAGUGGACAACUUUGUAGCUAAUCACCUGAGCACACAGGACUGGAGUCCAUCCAUCAACAAGAACCAAGUGCGCAAUGGUCUACGACAGAGUGUAGUACAAUCUGGAAUGUUGGAGUCUGGUGUGGACCGAAUUAUAACUCAGGUGGUGGAUCCAAAGCUGAACCAUAUUUUCCGUCCACACAUUGAGAAAGCAAUCCAUGACUUCCUGGACUCAGAGAAGAAAGAAGAAGGAGUGUUGAAUUCAUCGACCGACACAGAGCAGCAAGAUUCUGCUAGCAACACCAGCACAACAAAGGCACAACAAGCUUCUGCAUUGUUAGACAGAUUUAUUAGACUGCUAGACAUGCAUGUGAAUUUGGCUGUAGUUGUGCUUGUGUUGAUUGUACAGCGCAAAGUGAACACUACGGAUUCCGCCGAUGUUUAUAACACCUCAUCCCAGGAGAGGCCUCUUAAUGCUCACAAAAGACGGUUAUCUCUACAGGAUACAGUGGAGAUCCAGCAGUGUUUGCUGAGCGCUGGAGAUGUCGGAUGCGGUACAUUUGAGUGUUUCACUAACAACUCCUGUGAGAUUCGGGGACUGCACGACAUCUGCAUGAGCUUCCUGCACAACGCCGGCAAAUUUGACUCUCAGGGCAAAUCAUUCAUCAAGGAUGCAUUGAAGUGCAUGGCACAUGGGUUCCGUCACAAGUUCAGCUGUGUCAGUCGCAAGUGUGUUUCUGUGAAGGAGAUGGUGUUCCAGCUGCAGCGCGAGUGCUAUAACAAACACAACCUCUGCUCAGUGGUCAGGGAGAACACCAACGUCAUGAUGGAGAUGAUUCACUUCCAGGAUCUGUUUCCAAGAGGGCCUCACGUAGAACUGGUGAACAUCCUCCUGGGUUGUGGUGAGGAGGUGCGUGUUGCCAUUACCCACCGUAUUCAUGCACAGUGUGAGCAGAACUGGGGUGCCCUGUGUUCCAGCCUCAGCCUCUGCCUGCCUGAUCACAGCAGGAUCCAGACUGUGCCUACUGUCACGCCUGUUCCUGCGAUCAGCAGCGCCAACUUCCUGCCUCGUGCUAAAUCUCCUCUCUCACAGCAUGAUGUACAGCAGAUUUAGAUACUUUGCAAAGAAAACAAGGGCCUUUCUUAGCCUUCAGUACCUUGAAUGGACCACAUUGCAACACAUGUUGAGGCCAACAAGCAGGUCUGUUGAUGACACUCAGAAACAAUGGAACUAACAAAGUGUGUACAUACAGCAGUGUGUGCAUAAAGGUAGCAUCUAGAGUAUUGUUCCUACCACAGUGUGAUUGUAUAUACACUGUAUCUGGAAUUUAGGAUGGUCACAGCCCAUGAAGUGACAGUUCCAGCUGACUAAACACAAAUCUGGAGUCUUUAACAAUACACUGUAUGCAAAACAAAGCAGUGCAUAUAUAAUAAUGCAAAACAAAUGAUAAAUGGCAAACAAA